AGAUAACACGAGCAGACUCGACGAACCGCCCGGGUCUCAAAGUUCAGGUAAAUUUUCGUGAAAUCGCGAAAACUUCGAGCUGCCCGCCAAAGCAAAAAAAGAGAACUUUGCCAGCAGCAGAGAGCCAAGAGGUCCUGUUUCCUUACUGCGUUGAUUUCCUUGUUAAUUCAGCUUGGAGGAGACAUCGUCUUUUAUCUUAUUUCUUCCUAAUUGAAUCGAGGGCACAACAUCAUGUCCGCUCGUCUGUUUCAACACGCCGGACGUAGCGUCAGACAGGCCUCGUCGGCGUCAUUGUCGUCCGCGGCGGCCAAGUCGAGGCUACCGGCCUCGAGCAGUCGUCAAUUUGGUUCAUCGGCAGUCAUGAGCGCGAAGGAACAUGUCAGCAAAAAAGAACGUGCGGAGCAACGUGCCCAGUUGAUUGCGAAUAAAAUGGGCCAGGUUCGGGAACCAAAGAUCAAGCGGUUUGCGCCUAAGAAGUCCGCGACGUCGUCUAUCUAUUCGUUUGAGAAAACUGUCGAGACUGCCGGUGGAGAUUCUGCAAGUGGUGAACGCAAAGUGUUUAAACCGACGCCGCCUGUUCGCGAAGACCAGCUUCUGAAGGAGACAGUUGUGUUCUCGCCAGCUGCAGAGGCCGGGCACCUGGCUCUUUACUCUGAGAAGACAAUGAAAAUGCUCAAGAGCAACACUGCGAUUCUUCCAAAGCAAUACUUCAAUCUCUUCAGCGAGGGUGCAACAAUCGUGCGUGAGGCGACCAAGGAGCUGCAGAAUACUCUCGCCGACGUGACCGAAUCCUUGACAAGCGCAAAGAGCGUGGUGCUGACGGGACCUUCUGGCUCCGGCAAGAGUGUCGUUCUGCAACAGGCCGUUGCGAUUGCUCAUCAGCUCGGAUGCCUUGUCAUUCAUAUCUCGGAUGUCGAGGACUUGAUUGACGGUUCGCACGACUACAAGUUCGACCCCGAGACCGGUCUCUACGACCAGCCAAUGUACGCGAAGCGACUGCUGCGAAAAAUCUGCGCUGCGUACGACUUGCGGACCAAGAAGGAAAACCCGCUGUUUCAGCACACACUCUUAAACUCCUACACGUUCCACGGUGAACGGGGCAGCUUGACGACUUUACAGGCAGGCGAAGCUACGAUCCAGGACUUGAUUCUGGCGGGCGCUGAAAACAGCGAGAAUGCUAUCAUUGGAUUGAAGGGUCUUUUUGCUGAGUUGGAAUCGCAAAAGAUUCCUACAUUUCUGUCGAUCGACAACCUGUCAGUCUUGGCCGAGUCCUACUACACGCAGUAUCGCUCUGCCGAGUUUGAGAAGCUCCGCCAUCCCUCAUUCUGGCUCACCAAGACCAUCGUCGACUACGUUUCCGGCGCGCGCGAGUUCGCCAGCGGCUUCACCGUCGCCGCGCUCGAAGGUGACGCUAGCUCGAUGACGAUCAAAGAUUAUCUGAACAUCCAGAAACCUUGGAAUUACAUCCAACUCCUCGAGAGCCGCUACGAUCCCGAGCUUGUUGACGCGCUGCGCGGCGCGCGCCAGCUGGAAGUAGCGCAGUUCAAUCUUAACGAGACCGAGCUUAUGCUGGACUACUACCGGCACGCGGGAGUCAUCCUGCGAUUCGAAGAAGAUCUCAAGAACUUUUUGACCAGUCGCUCAGCUAUCGAGAACCGAAUCUACGCGUUGUCGCCCGAGCAUCCUAGAAUGGGUUUUCAGAUGCUGCCAAAGCUUGAGCAGGAGGAGCUUGCUUUUGGCAAUAUUGCGAGCGUGACCGAGGUUGCCGACACCGUGGCGGACGGCAUACCGUUGUACUCCGGUCCCCUCUUGAGACGCGUGCGCGUCUACCACACUCUCGCGUACGAACUCGGGGAUUACAACAUCCGGUUCAGGCCGAUCGCCGAGGCAUCCGCGGCAUCCGCGACCAUGGAUUUCACGCUCGGUACCUCUGUGACGAACGACGAUAUCGACAAAUUCAUCAACAACGAAACGAUCUCGUCCUCGAGCCAGAUCGACGAGCUCACGCUACUGAUCGACGAGCGCCGGAAACUCUCCAGCAGGCGUCCUGCGCAAGCUCAGAAUCGGUACGAAUCGUCUGAGAACCAGAUGGAAGAGUAUUAUGACGAGUCGGCAGGGUAUGAAGAGGCCAAAGAGAACGACGAGCAGCUUCUCGCCGUUGUCAAGAUCGCCCGGGAGCAGCAGCAGGAGUUUUGGCGGCGGUUCGUCACAACUAGGCAUGUGAGCACCGGCCAUGGAAACCCGAGAGCUCUGAUGAAGAGUGUCUUGUUUCCGUUUUUGUAGAUAUACAUGACCAUCGUUUCUCCUAAGCUUCUUCAUUUGUGUUGUCAUCAGUCUAUAUAAUCUCUGUUUUUCCUUCUUCUAAUAAGUGGUUCGCGCGGGGUGUCUUGCACAAAGGCAAUUAUUGUAUAUACAAGAAAAGAGAGCCAUUUUGUAAUUAAAGAUUUCUUCCCCAUAGUUAUAGAUAAAUAGAUGAUCCU